AAGGACUAACAUUUGUUUACAGCUUUCGUAAUCGACCACAGCCCCGGUCAACGCGUUUACACGUAGACCCCGACUUGCAGCGCGCCAAUAGGUGCCUUCCAAGCCUUUAACAAGUUUAUAGUACCAGAGGAUCAUGGGGAUAGCUUGUGUAGCUUUUAUCGGGCCCCAGAACAACCCCAUGUACUUGCGGAGCAUCGAUCCCGCCAGCGACGACCUGUACAUGAAGCUGCACUAUGUGAUUCACUGCGCGCUUGAUGCGGUAGAGGAGAAAGUGCUGCUCAAGCGAGGCCCAGGGGACUCCCAGGACGCCUACCUGGGGCUGCUGUAUCCCACAGAGGAUUACAAGGUGUACGGCUACCUGACCAACACGCACGUAAAGGUGCUGCUGCUGCUGGACGACGAGGGCGCAGUCAAGGACGAGGCAGUCAUGCGGGUGUUCCGGCGACUGCACGGGCUGUACGUGGACACCGCCUCCAACCCCUUCCACAAGUUCGGCCUGCCGCUCAGCUCGCCGCGCUUCGACGCCGCCGUGGACGGCGUGGUGUCCAUCUACCGCGGCGCCGGCGCCUCCCAGGGCGGCUUCAUGACCUGAGCGGUGUCAGCGCCCGCUUCCCGUCCCCGCAUCCCCGGAGGAGCGGCCCCGGGGGCGGAUUACACCAUACCCGGGCGCUGGAGCCCGGCCUCGUCCCCAAGCCGCGGGUGGGCUCGGCGCGACUGCCGAGCUAGUGUGGAUUGAGGAUUUGGACAGUGGAGUUGUGUUGAGAGCGCGGCGGAGUUGUGCGGCGGCGGUGUUGGGCGAGUCACCAGGAGUGGCGAGUCACCAAGAGUGACGGGCGGCCGCUCCCUGUCAGCGCAAGCGCAGCGCAGGGGCGGAGAGCAAGCCGCCGGUGCCGCUCCUGCCGCUCCCGUGUGCGGACGUGCUGGCCAGCUUCUUUAUCGCCACCGCCACUCCGCCUGGCACGUGCCCUAUGGACAGCUCGCCUAUAGCGCGCCGGUUCCAGUGCGGCGCUGCAGCAGUACGCCUCCGCCGCGCCCCGCCGCUCCGCACAUGACACAGCAUGCUGGACAGGCUGCAGGACCCCCCGCCGCGGCGCCCACGUCGGCGCUGUAGGGACAGCCGCAACUGCCAAUCCAGCCUGGCAAGGGGACCCACAUCACACGUGCACAGGCGAUCCUGACUGGAGCGAUCCGAUCCUGGCACUUGCAAGUACGCUGUGGUUGGGGCAGGGGAGUCAUACGCGUCAGUCAUACAUCUGAGCCCCUUUUGUGCGACGUGCUGCUGUGUAUGUCCGAUGGUGCCAUGUGCACGGAGCAAGGCGUGUUGGGCGUGAGCGAGGAGCUGCGUCCACAGCUGGCAAAAGUCUGAGAGCACAGUCCGUGGCUUGGAAGGGUUGGGGUCACCGGCCCAGUAAGUGUAAAAUGGAGAAGAA